AAAACAAAAAGUAUAUAUACAUAUACAUAUAUAUUUAAAGUUGGCGCGUUAGAGAUUAAUCGAUUAUCUCGAAUAGCAAGUGAUACAGAUAGUAUUCAAGGCGCCGAUAUUUAUAGAAAUCCUGAGUUUCGUAGGAACCUACGAAAGCUUUAAGCGUCAAAACUUAGUUCCUGCAACAAUCAAUGCUUGCAUGUGAUAUUUAGUAUUUGGAUAUUUUAUAUGAUUUAAUUGAUACGAAUGGCCAUUAAGAUCGAUUUCUAUAUCGAAAGGAUUAUCCCUUGUUGAAUAAAUUUCGAUCCUAAAAAUCGGCGCGACGCGAUUAGCACGCGAAAUGUCGAUCGAACGAAACAAAAUUGCCAAAAUAAUAUCUUUAUUUUCUACUGGUAAGUAAAUAUUAUUAAAAAAAAAAAAAAAAAAUUAUUAGCGAAAGAUAAAUUAUCGAAUGAUGCGUGUAUACUCUGUACAAAUAAAAAUACUGCAAAUGUAUGCGCUUAUUAUGGAAUACCGUUCGAAGUGUAACGCGAAUUCCUUCUUUCUCGUAGUAUUCGCGUAUUUAUGUGGAAGGAAGAUGAGGAAUAAGUAGUUUAAAAAAAGAAACUCAUAUAAUACAAGUAGAGAUUAAAGAAAUAAUGAAAAACGUCGUCAAUCGACAAUUGAAAUUCCAUUUUGUUAGGUUUACAUUUUGCUUAGUGUUAAUUGGAAAAAAAUUGUGUGCAUAUUCGAUGAUAGAAAAAUUGCUCGGAAGUUUAUCAUUCGCAUUAAUUUAAAUUGAUAAACUCAAACAGAGAACGAGUUUAAUACAUUACAAGUUCUUAUUUCUCUUUCUUUUUCGAUCUCUUUUAUAUAUAUAUAUAUAGUUAAGUAUUCGAGAUUUUUUUUCUGAAGGAAUAUAUCUUAUCAAAAGAAUCGAGAACAUCUUUUUGGGAAUUAUUCUAAUUCCAAAAUAUUCAAAUUAAUCAUUAUCUUAUAUAGUUUAGAGUUUAAUUUGUAUGGAACGUUGAAUAGAGGAAUCCGUGGAAGUCAUCGUGAAAAUUGUAAAUAAACGAAUAAAGUUAGUGUUCAUUAUAUAAAAUCAAUUAGUGAAUUAUGAUGUUCACACGUGGUGGUUGUCACGCGAAAAGAAGGAAUGCUGGCGGUGGUAGUGGCGGUGACGGUGAAAUUAGUAGUAGUAGUGGUGGUAGCGGUAGCGGUGGUGGCAGUGCUAGUGGUAGUGGUGGUGGUGGUGGUAGUAGUAGUUGUGGCAUAGGAGGAAGAUUUGGAAAGAGAACUUCUUUGGAUCACAAGAGUCCUAGACCACAACUUGCAGUAGAAGGAUACGCAUACAGAACAAGGGUACCAGUUCCUGUGAAACUCGAAGAUUUACCACCAACGAUAUCAACUCCUAGAACUUAUGUGUAUAGGACAAGGGUACCACGAAGGGAUUUCCUUAGUUCAUCGCAAGUACCCUUAUUAGAAACCAACGUAGGCCACGCGAUAACGGGAAGAAGAGGUGCCGUCAAACACAACAAAGUACAUAUUAUACGAGGUCAUAGAUUAGUUGCUAAAUUUUUUAGACAACCAACGUUUUGUGCCUUUUGUAAGGAUUUCCUUUGGGGUUUCGGAAAGCAGGGUUACCAAUGCCAAGCUUGCCAAACUGCGGUACACAAGAAAUGUCAUGACAAGUUGUUAACAAAAUGUCCGGAAAGUGGUAGAGAGUCAGAAAAUACUAUAUACUUGAGGCAACGUUUUAAAGUGGACGUUCCUCACAGAUUUCGACUCUAUACUUUCAUGUCUCCAACAUUUUGCGAUCAUUGUGGUUCCAUGCUAUAUGGACUAUUUCGUCAAGGAUUAAAGUGCGAUGGUAAGUAUGAAUCGAAAAGACGAAGAUAUCAUUAUGUCAUAAUCCCGGUGCACCUUUUUUUACCUAUUAUAUGCGUAAGAAUAUGAAUUUUACUAGGUAUAUAGAAGUAUGAGACCGGAAAUCAUGUAUUAGGUUGUCCCAUAAUUUCUUUCCACGCCACGCUAUGUAUGACUUCGAGCCGAUUAUGUUGAAGAUGUAAGAAAAUAAUAGAACAGAACGGUUCAUAUAUUGGGUUGGAAAAUAAGAGCAGAUUUUUUGCUUGGCAACCAAGUGAGCAUGGUUACCUUUAACAAAAAUCUAUUGAAAACACCGGCCCCCUCCCCGGGGCCUUUAAAAGUUUAAAAGACUUCCUCUUUUUAAAAGUAGGGAUGAAAGUGAGAAAGAUUAGGGAGCGGAUGUUUCUUUUGGUAAACGAAACGAAAACAAAUCAAUAAAGAAUGAAAAACAUCGAAAAAAUAAAUCUUGUUGUUUAAAUUCUUAACUUAUAUUAAAAUGUGCCGAUCUUUCGGUUUUCAACUAAGCGAGAGGGUGUUUAUUCAUAAAAUUAUAAAUAUUACAUUUAUUUUAAUAAUUUCUUCUUCUUUAUAAUUUAUUUAUAUAU